GUCGAGUCUUCGACUGUCGAGCGUCGAGGGGAUUACGAUAGAACAAGCAGAUCAGACUUUCGGGACGGAGCAGACGACGGUGAAGAGCGCGUGUUGGCUGCAGUCGCGUGGCUGUUCCCCGUCUGCUGCGUGUUGUGGACUGCUCCUUCCAGUGUCACACUCCAUUGCGUGACUGCCUCAUCUCGUCUUUGGCUCCUGCCACAAUCACUGGACAAUCAGCUCAGUACCUUCCCUAUUGACACCUACUUGACCUAUUGAAGAUUGAGGUGAAUAAUAGCAAGAGCCCCGUUCGCAGCUUCUUCCGCGAUGCCACUAAAUCCCACCCUGCUCCUUCCUGCUCUUCCAAAUCUUCCUCUUCUUCUUCUUCAUCUCCGCUCUGCACCUGCCGCCUGUCGCCCGGCUUCGAACACCUCCUCGCAUUCAUAAUCCCGCCCUGAAGCGAACCUAUACCCGCCGUCCCCAUCCACCGUCAAACACACUUCUUGGACAUCCUACCACGACCGCACGUUUAUCCUCCGACCUUCGCUCCCGCUGCGGCGGAAAGGAUCACUGGGCUGGAAAGGGGGCGAUGGCAGCGUCUGGCGGCCACUUGCUACAGCAGGGAAGGGUUUCUGUGGAGUCGCGCAUUAAGACGCUGGUGAACAACGACCUGAAAGAGAUAUGCCGCGCCUUCAAUUUCCAGGUCUCGGGCACCAAGGCAGCUUUGCAAAAGCGCUGCGUAGAAAUUCUGGACAAAAUUGUGUCCGAAGGUGAUGUAGCUGCUUUUCGCGAUUUCAACUAUCGGGUUAACAACCACGGCAAACCCGCGCCAGCACAAACACAGUCGCCUCAGAGUUCCGCCAACGGCUUCGGCACCUUCCACGGCCCUUCAGGCUCUGCCUCGCCUGCAACCAUGCUACCCGGUCGCGCGCCGGCGUCCGCUGGACGCAAUGGCAACUCCUCAGCAGCUGCGGGCCGAAUGUGGUUCAAAUCGAGUCCAUUCUACGAAGAACACGAAGUGGUGUUUCCAAUGCUCGAUCUUCCCGAAAUGCCACAGAAUCGACAUACUGUUAGCGCUGUUGUUACUCUCACACCAGACCAGUCCGCUCGAAUCAAAAGUGACCCCAGCUUGAAACUCCUGCUGUACUGCGGAAAAGGCGCCAAUCCCUACGCCCAGAUCGACGUCGAGUUUCCCAAUCAGCUGGAAGUGAAGCUCAACAAUGAUGAUGUCAAGGCGAACUUCAAGGGCUUGAAGAACAAGCCUGGUACCACCAAACCCGCCGACAUCACCGACAAAGUGCGGAAGAACGCAGGCUACCAGAACCAGCUACGAAUCACGUAUGCACUCACAAAGGAGCGCUUCCAAGUCAGCGUGUACAUGGCCCGCUACAUCUCUUCUGCCACGCUCACCCAGCGCAUCAAGGAAGGUCGCCACGGUGGCGGUGUCAUCUCCAAGGAGCAAGCAAUACGGGAGAUUAGCAGAGCGAACGAUGAUCCAGACAUCGUGCUGUCCUCAGAGAUAAUGUCCUUGAAAGAUCCAGUAUCGAUACUCCGCAUCACCUUGCCGGUUCGGUCUACUGUCUGCACCCACAGACAAUGCUUCGAUGGUGGCAUGUUCCUGCAGAUGCAGGAACAAGCACCGCAAUGGCUCUGUCCCACAUGCAACAAGCAAAUCUCGUACCAGUCACUCUGCAUUGACAAGUACUUUGAAGAAAUCUUGCAACAAACUUCGUCGUCUAUCGAAAAGGUCACUCUCGAGCCUGAUGGGCAGUGGCACAUCGUCAAUGAAGAAGAGUCGCAAAAUGCUGCUCAGUCCAGUCGAGAUAAUCGAGCAAAGUAUGACAACGACUUUGACGAUUCCGACGACGACCUGGUGGAAGUGGCAUCUCACUCUACGGCCAAGUCGAAACCUACUAACGGCGGCUCGCUGCCGACCGCCAGCACUCCCAACUUCUUAGCAGCUCCUGUGUCAGGCGCAGGUUAUGCCAUGACGCCGCCACUGUCUUCUCGUGGGCCCUCUGCAGCUCCAUCCACGUCCUCCGCACAGCCCGGAGCGAAACGUGCCGCAAGCUCUGUCAUAGAUCUGACAUUGUCUGAUGAGGAAGACGACGAACCUCCUCGACCGGCCAAGAGGCAAACCACGAAUACGAGGCGUCAGUCAACGCGGCAAGACCAGCUAGCAACCACGGCAGGAGCAGCACGACGUCGACCCAGUUAGGUGCGAACCACUACCUGAACCGUGACUAUGGAAGCCGGUCGGGAUCUCCAUUUCGAGCAGGCAACAGUUCGAGUCCAUCCUUCCCCACCACCAACAACUGGAGCAACUACUCACGGCCGACGUCGAUGUUGGGCUCAAGCGUCAGCCAGACCCUUCCGCCCUUUGCUAUACGACCGCCUUCGGGCCUUUCGAAUGCAACAGUAAAUGGGUCAACGAGCGCAGGAGAUGGGACAUCAUCGCAUCAGCAGCAACCUGUUCGUCUACCUCCGAUGAACACGAAUCCCAAAGAUUAUAGAGACAUUCCCUGGCCCAGUGGUUCAGAUAGCAAUUACUCGCAAAGCCCGAAUGGGUAAUUAGAUUGGUCGCAACGGUCAAGGCAGAAUGCGCAAGGCAGAAAAAAGCAGGGAUGAUCCGAAAGAAGAUUUUGUUAUGUGAAUCACGAGCAAGGCGUUUUGGUAGGAACAGCACGUUCGCGACGAUGCUGAAAGGGUUCAUGAAACAUUCCCGGCGGGAGGAAGGGCGUCUGCCCCACUUCUUUUUACACAUCUGUAUCUAAGGGCCUUGUUCAAUAGGUGGCUGCACACUUGCCAUGUAACCUGCUGUAGACCAGGUCCCGCGAAUGGAUUGCUUCUAAAAGC